CAUCGUUUGCUCCACCGUCACCAUCGGCAUCCUGGUUCCAAAAUCACCCAGUAUCCACAAAAUACAUAACUAUACAAACACCAGGAAAAAUCAUUUACAAUUAUCCCGUCCCAAGCAAAAAACCACCCCACCCCUCAAAGCAAGAGAAGCAUCAGUAAUAGCUGGAAACAGAAUCUGAACUCCGUUUCUGUCUCUUGCUGAUCACAGUACAUAAACAGCCAUUUACCCUUCAUCCAAGUCAUUCAAUCCAUCCGGGCAAACGCGCAGGAGGUCAUCAGCUCCAUUAACUCCCAGCUUAGCCAGCUUGUCAGCGUCAAUAUCACCUAAUCUAGGCUUGUACUGGAUCUUCCAUUUAGGAGGUUCCUCAUAACAGUUCCGGUUUUUAAAACCAGAUUUCUCUGCCUCCAAGGCGAAAAUUCAGGAUUAGAGAUCCACGACACAGCAUUAUUAGAAUCAGUUUCAAAGAUAACAGCACUAGAGUUCCCCCACACGAAAGCAGCCACCAACAUAACUGCCUCAUGAAUAGCAAGCACUUCCGCAUGGCUUCCUCAUCUAGCCAAAAAUUAAGAACAGCUGCUGCAAACUUCAUCCAAGAAAGGAAAAUGGCAAAAGCCAACAGUUCAGACUUCCACGUCCUCAUGUUUUCAUGGUUUGCAAUUGGUCACAUGACCCCAUUUCUCCACCUUGCUAACAAGCUUGCUGAAAAGGGUCAUAGAAUCACUUUCGUGCUACCCAGAAAAGCUGUGAACCAAUUGGAACAUUUGAAUUUGUACCCAGAUUUCAUCUCUUUCCACCCUGUUACUGUUCCAUCUGUCACUGGCCUCCCUCCUGGUGCUGAAACUGCCUCCGAUAUCCCCAUUUUCUUGAGCCAUUUCCUCUCCAUUGCCAUGGACCGUACCAGGGAUCAAGUUGAAAGUGUCAUCUCUUCAGUAAAACCGAAUCUGGUUUUGUACGACACUGCUCACUGGAUUCCUGAGAUAGCCAAACCACUUGGGAUCAAAACUAUAUGUUACAACGUUGUCUGUGCUGCAGCAAUCGCUAUUGUUUUGGUUCCAGCACGAAAUGCGGCCAGGGAAAGGCCUAUAACCGAGGCUGAAUUGGCUGUGCCACCCCUUGGUUACCCUUCAUCUUCUGUAGUGUUGCGUAGCCAUGAGGGCCAGUCUUUGUUGUUUGUAACAAACCCUUUUGGGGAAGGGUUAACGUUUUACGAGAGAAUCACCACGGCAAUGAAGAAUUGUGAUGCUAUAUCGAUAAGGACUUGCCAUGAAAUUGAAGGGAAGUUAUGUGAUUAUAUAGGGAGCCAGUAUGAGAAACCAGUUCUUUUAACAGGUCCAGUUUUGCCUGAAGAGUCUAGGUCUGUAUUGGAUGAACGAUGGGGUAGUUGGUUAGCCGGGUUCGAACCAGGUUCUGUGGUAUAUUGUGCUUUCGGGAGCCAGUUCAUUUUUGAAAAACCUCAGUUCCAGGAACUUUUGCUGGGGUUUGAGCUAACAGGGCUACCUUUUUUUGUCGCCUUAAAGCCACCGUUGGAGGCUGCAACGAUUGAAGAAGCACUGCCUGAAGGGUUCGAAGAGAGGGUUAAAGGGAGAGGGGUUGUUUGGGGUGGAUGGGUGCAACAACCAUUGGUGCUGGCUCACCCAUCAGUCGGCUGUUUUGUGAGCCAUUGUGGGUUUGGUUCGAUGUGGGAAUCUUUGAUGAGUGAUUGCCAAAUAGUGUUGUUUCCACAAUUGGGUGACCAAAUAUUGAAUACCAGGCUAAUGGCUGACGAGCUCAAGGUUGCCGUGGAGGUUAAGAGAGAAGAAAGUGGAUGGCUUUCGAAAGAGAAUUUGAGCGAAGCUAUAAAAUCAGUGAUGCAUAAGGAUAGCGAAGUGGGUAAGUUGGCCAAGGAGAAUCACAAGAAAUGGAGAGAUACGAUAAGCCCAGAAUUGAUGAAUGAUUACAUUGAUAAGUUCAUCCAAAGCAUGCAUGAGCUUGUCGAGUGAAGCACCAUAAAAGAAAGGGAACACCUGAAAGAUGGCUUCAGAGCUUGGAAAGCAGCACCCAGAUGCCAUGGUUUCUUCCUCAAACUUGCUAAUCUCGUGUUGCAAUUCAUGAUCAGCUGUUUUGGAGUUGCAGAGCUGUUUUAUGAACUAGAAAGGGGUGAAAAGAGACAGCCAGUUCAAUAAAUUCAUGUUCUACUUAUAGAAGGUAAUCCCACCUUCUGCUGCAAAGAUCAGUAUUGUUGAAUGGGCUUAUCAAUCAGUUUCCAACUAUUUUUGCACUGCCUGCAAUUUAUGCGUUGAAUUAAAUUAAGUUGUAACAUCUUUCUUUAAAGCAGCAAUGCGCAAUUUGC